AUGGGCGAAGUCCCUCAACUUGAAACUAAUGAAACACCCUCGGAAUCAGUCAGCUACGAUUUCGAAUCAUUAAAAAUUUCAGAGUCUACUAAGAAAGCCAUUAAAGAAAUGGGGUUUACUAGAAUGACGGAAGUUCAAGCAAGAACGAUACCCCCAUUAAUGGCUGGUCGAGAUGUUAUAGGUGCUGCUAAAACAGGCAGUGGCAAGACUUUAGCGUUUUUAAUUCCGGCGAUUGAAAUACUUCACAAAUUAAAGUUUAAGCCCAGAAAUGGAACUGGUGUGAUUGUCAUUUCUCCAACAAGAGAAUUGGCUCUUCAAAUUCUUGGAGUUGCAAAAGAAUUGCUUCAAUAUCAUCAACAAACUUUUGGAAUUGUAAUGGGUGGAGCUAAUAGACCAGCUGAAGUUCAAAAAAUAACUAAAGGAGUAAAUUUAUUAAUUGCCACUCCUGGGAGAUUAUUAGAUCAUCUUCAGAACACCAAAGGAUUUAUAUACAAGAAUCUCAAAGCUCUCGUUAUAGAUGAAGCCGAUCGUAUAUUAGAAAUUGGUUUUGAGGAUGAAAUGAAGCAAAUUAUUAAACUUCUUCCCAAAGAAAAUCGUCAAUCAAUGCUCUUCUCCGCUACGCAAACUACUAAAGUUGAAGACCUAGUACGAAUAUCCCUGAGACAAGGACCAAUAUAUAUUAAUGUAGAUGAAAAAAAAGAAACGGCUACGGUGGAUGGACUUGUUCAAGGAUAUGUUGUUUGUGAUAAACAUGGUAUUCUUCUUUGUACAGAUGUAGCCGCAAGAGGAUUAGAUAUCCCUGCAGUAGAUUGGAUCAUUCAGUACGAUCCGCCAGACGAUCCACGUGAUUAUAUUCACCGAGUUGGUAGAACUGCUAGAGCAGGUGGUCAAGGAAAAAGUUUAUUAUUUUUAUUACCAAAUGAAUUAGGGUUUUUACGCUACCUUAAACAUGCAAAAGUACCAUUAAAUGAAUAUCAAUUUCCCGCAAAUAAAAUUGCUAAUGUUCAAUCACAGCUUGAAAAGCUUGUUGAAAAAAAUUAUUAUCUUCACGAAUCAGCCCGUGAUGGAUUUAGAUCUUACUUGAUGUCUUAUACUUCUUAUUCACUAAAAUCGAUAUUCAAUGUGAAUAAUUUAGAUCUUCAAAAAGUCGGGAAAGCAUUUGGAUUUAAAGUUCCACCAAAAGUACAUAUUACUAUAGGUUCAAGUGGUAAAGAUUCAAAAAUUAAAAAACGUGAUAGAAAUGAUAAGGGAUCAAACAAUCAUUUUGCUAAACAGAGGGGUAAUUCUUUGAAAAAGAACAAUGAUAAACAGUGGAGUAGAUAA